CAACGGCAGUUACCGAGAGACCGGAUCCCGCCGAUAACCAAAUUAGGCUAUUGUGGUCUUACUGUGGUUUAUACUAGCAAGUCUUGUACUUCUGGUCGUCAAGGUUGAGGAUUUAUAGGGAUGGCGAACUCGAAAUCCUACAUAUACUUCAUACCAUGAUAUGGCAACGGACAGACGAUCUUCGAGGGUACCUCAGAGAUGCUGUCCUCCCCGAGCUCAAGUACGGCCCGGAUACUCCAGAUCUACCGCCUCCAGGACAUAAGAGCCAUCGCAAUACCCUCUCUACGCGAUUCAGGAAAUACAGGCAUUUGUCCGCCAUCCACUACUUGGGACCGUCGUUCGAUGAAAUGGUUACUGAAUGGAUUUCGGCACGUGUACCUGCAAAAUCAGCUGGCUUCCGGAACGAAGACCAGGAGAGUGGAGAAAUCAUAACCGUUCCAUCGGCGAGGAAAUUCAAGGUCAGCACAACCAUACCAGCCCCUAUCACAGAUUCCACCCGCCUGUGGUCUUGGAUUGACCACUUCCCUCUGCGGACAAUACAACGUGUCCUCCAUAUCAUUUUUCCUCAGAUCCGGGAUUGGAAUUUCGUAUCAGAUAAUACCGGAACCGAUAACACAGACAUAUGCAAAGAAUUUUACUUCACAGACACACGUAAUCCACCGUCACCAGAUAUUAGAUAUAAUUCUGUGGUUGUGGUAUGUCAACCGCCAUGGGUGCUUUCCGACGAGGACAUGUGGCAGUUCACCGAGUUGAAGUCUCUUCCGACAAACAAUGCACCACCCCUACGCGCGAAGGAACGUCUUUGGGCCAGGCUCUGGGAUACUUGUGUUCGGCGACACUCUACAUACUUCAUAGUGACUUCCUAUCAGCAGUGGGUUUUUGGUGCAUUCUCUAGAGGUUUUACGAACGCCUUCGUGUCCCCACCGAUGGGUGCCCAAUCACGAGAUCCUACAGUAAUUCAUGCUGCGAUAUAUUGGCUUGCUUCUGCCCUCGCUGUCGAAGAUGGAUACGUUCCCCCCUAUAUCCCAGAACCGGUAGAUUAUGUAAUAGGUGAAAUACCCAUUCCACCACACGACAAUAUCGAUGACAUAGCUACCAUCGUCGAUUCUUUGUCCAGCUGGACCGGGAAAAGUGAAGAGCCAGCAUCGUCCGCACACGCCGCGGAGGUAGUACCUGCCCUGGAUUCUGAGAGAGGUGCCUCUGACCUUACCUGGCUCUGAUGAUGUGCAAGAUGCAGAGUUAUUCUCGUCAUCAUCAGUGGAAGACCUCGACGGACUAUAUGAUGGGAGUUUGUGGACGGAUGAUCCCGAUGACGCUGCCUGCACGGUGUCCUCCGACCACACCGAAGUUGGAGAGAAAAGGGGCCACUGGCUUACGCGCACUUCUUUCCUUUGUAC